AUGGUAACAUUAUUCUAUAUUAAAGGGAUCACAGAUGUGUCAGAACUCCAGGUUUUUAUCUUCGUCCCCGUAAUGCUUAUUUAUCUCAUCACCCUUGGUGGCAACAUGACCAUUAUUUUGCUCAUAUGCUUGGAUCGUCACCUUCACACUCCCAUGUACUUCUUCCUAGCCAACCUGUCCAUCGUGGACGUGUCUUCUUCCACCAUCACUUUGCAUAAAGUCCUAGUCAUCUUCAUAACUGGAGAUCACAUGGUUUCAUACCCAGCAUGCAUAACUCAGAUGUACAUUUUUGCAUCCUUAAUUGGACAUGAGCUUUUAAUUUUGUCUGCAAUGAGUUAUGAUCGAUAUGUUGCCGUCUGUAACCCAUUACGUUAUCACAUGAUCAUGAACAGUAGAGUUUGCUCUUUACUUGCUGUCAGCUGCUACUUGAUGGGCUUCGUACAAGUUCUUCCUGCUGUUGUGAUCUUCUCAGGCUUCUCAUGCUACACCUCUAAUGAGAUCAAUCACUUCUUCUGUGACAUGAUACCUUUGAUAAAAAUUAUCUGCAAUGACACUUCAGUCUUGGAUAUUGUGUUUCUAAUACAAGGAAUCUUUGUUAUAACACUACUCCCUUUCCUUUUUACCUUUAUCUCAUAUAUUUUUAUCAUAUGUGCUAUAAUGAGGAUCCGAUCCAACACCGGAAAGAGAAAAGCCUUCUUUACAUGCUCCUCACACCUAACAGUGGUCAUUCUCCUCUAUACCACACUUGUUUCUCAGUACUUGACACCGACAUCACUGGGAACAUUGAAUGCAAAGAAGAUGUUCUCUCUGUUCAAUACAGCAGCAGUUCCCAUGUUAAAUCCUUUAAUUUAUAGCUUAAAAAAUAAAGAUGUUAAGUCAGCGGUGAAGCGUAGGCUGGAAUCCUGCAAAAUCAUAGGCCAAAGAUAA